AUGCUCUCCAGGUGCUACCUCGCUGGUGUCAGAAACACCUCCCCUCUCUUACGCCUCUUCCCUCUCUUACGCCUCUUCCCUCUCUUACGCCUCUUCCCUCUCUUACGCCUCUUCCCUCUCUUACGCCUCUUCCCUCUCUUACGCCUCUUCCCUCUCUUACGCCUCUUCCCUCUCUUACGCCUCUUCCCUCUCUUACGCCUCUUCCCUCUCUUACGCCUCUUCCCUCUCUUACGCCUCUUCCCUCUCUUACGCCUCUUCCCUCUCUUACGCCUCUUCCCUCUCUUACGCCUCUUCCCUCUCUUACGCCUCUUCCCUCUCUUACGCCUCUUCCCUCUCUUACGCCUCUUCCCUCUCUUACGCCUCUUCCCUCUCUUACGCCUCUUCCCUCUCUUACGCCUCUUCUUUCCCACCACAACCACCAGGCCACAGGCGUCCCAACAAUGCUCUACUAUACCCCCGAGCUCUUGGCAUUGCAUCCAUGGGCCUCACCUCCUCUGCUGCCAUCCUCUCUGCGAGCCUUGCUCUCCCAAGAAAACAUCCUUCUCUUUCCCCUUUCCAUACACCCACCACCAGGCCACAGGCGUCCCAACAAUGCUCUACUAUGCUCCCGAGCUAUGUUUUGAGACGUCUCAAACCACAGGCGUCCCAACAAUGCUCUACUAUACUCCCGAGCUAUUCGCCAUCAUGGGAUUAACUUCCUCUGCUGCCAUCCUCUCUGCCUCUCAUCCCCACACUUACAUUCACCAGGCCACAGGCGUCCCCACGAUGCUCUACUACACCCCCGAGCUAUUCGCCACCAUGGGUCUCACCUCCUCUGCCGCCAUCCCCUCUGCCAGCCUUGCGGUGGCCCUCGCCCGCACGCUCGCCUCACUCGUCCCCGUCUCUCUUUUGGACGAGAUUGGCCGGAGAACGCUGCUUCUUAUCAGCACUGCAGGUGAGCAACUGUGGUCAGGUGCGAGUCAGGUUCACAGCACGGCUCUCUCUUCCCGCUUCUCUGCUCUCUGCUGCCAUCCUCUCUGCUGCCAUCCUCUCUGCUGCCAUCCUCUCUGCUGCCAUCCUCUCUGCUGCCAUCCCCUCUGCCAGCCUUGCAGUGGCCAUCGCCCGCACGCUCACCUCACUCGUCCCCGUCUCUCGUUUGGACGAGAUUGGGAGAAGGACACUACUGCUCAUCAGCACGGCAGGUGA